GUGUGAUAAUUAUUUUCUAAAUAUUAUGUAUGUAUCAUCAAUGGCUACAAAAUGACAAUGUACACACACACAGUGCUUUCAGUGCACAGUCAGCAGUCUAUACUGUCAGCAUAUGAUUCAAAACACCAAGAAGAUUCAUACCGGUAUUUAAUUUGGAUGCUACAUAUAUCUAGUGUGCAAAUAAAAAUUCAUUCAAAAUGUGCUCUUUGGCAUCAUUAAUUGGAUGACAGUGCAUGGUGUUAUAAUCACAUUCAUUUAUAUUAUUUAUGUGCUGACUCAUGGUGUUAUGUGUGCUGAUGCUAUCAAAUUGUUGGACUACAUAAAGAAAGCUCAGUUCAAUUAAAAUGGCUGAUCAUUUCAAAAUUCCAGCUGUCAUUAGAAGAUUAAAGAAGGAGGAAGAUCAGAUAAAGAAUGAACCACCUGUUGGCUGUCAUGCUGAAUCAGUCUCAGAAAAUUAUGAAACAUGGAAAGCAACAAUACUAGGACCUGAAGGGACACCUUAUGAGAAUGGUCUCUUCUAUUUAAAAAUGGAAAUUCAUGAAGAAUACCCAUUUAAACCACCAAAAGUGUGGUUUACUACUAAGAUAUAUCAUGUGAACGUUGAUUCUGAUGGUUGGAUUAGUUUAGAUAUACUCAAUGAUGGGUGGAGUCCAGCUUUAAAAAUAUCAAAAAUUCUAAGUACAGUGAGAUCAUUACUGGUUGACCCUGAUCCAGACUGGGCUGUUGGUGGUGAAGUGUAUGCAGCAUUCACUAAGAAUCGUUCACAGUAUGAUGACACUGCUAAAGAAUGGACACAGAAACACGCAAUGGACUGAUUCAAUGGAUUAUUGACAAAAUAAAAUAUGUAGAUAAUUAUGAUUCUGUUUAUUUUUUAACUUAUUUAAUAUGCAACAGAGCCAGUUUCUUUUUUAGCAUAUUGA